UAGGCCGUCCCACACUCAGUAAGGAACAGUCUGUCCUGUACUGCUGCUAUAAAACUCGUCCUGAUCUCCACUAGAGCCUGCAUCUCCUCUCAACUCCUCACGUGUGACACAAUGAACGACAUCUACAAAGCUGCCGCUGAGCAGCUCACAGAUGAACAGAAAAAUGAGUUCCGGGCAGCAUUUGAUAUCUUCGUUCAGGAUGCUGAGGACGGCUGUAUCAGCACUAAGGAGUUGGGGAAGGUCAUGAGGAUGUUGGGUCAGAACCCCACACCAGAGGAGCUCCAGGAGAUGAUCGACGAGGUGGAUGAGGACGGAAGUGGUACGGUGGAUUUUGAGGAGUUCUUGGUCAUGAUGGUGAGAUGUAUGAAAGAUGACAGCAAAGGAAAGUCAGAGGAGGAACUAGCAGAACUCUUCCGCAUGUUUGACAAAAAUGCAGAUGGUUACAUUGAUCUUGAUGAACUGAAGGUGAUGCUGGAAGCUACGGGUGAAGCCAUUACUGAAGAUGACAUUGAAGAACUCAUGAGAGAUGGAGACAAAAACAAUGAUGGAAAAAUCGAUUAUGAUGAGUUUUUGGAGUUCAUGAAAGGGGUGGAAUAAUCGAUGAAUCUUCCUGUUUCAGACUGCAUUUGUUUUUUACACUAUAGGACAAUAAAUAUUCAAGCUUGAUCAGCGAUAUCAUUCUACUUUCUGACAGUCUGUUAUGUAUCUCAUUAAUAUGCCACAAUAUAUUUAGGAGAGUCAAUUAUUGUAUUUGGUUUGUGAGCAUAUUUUGAAGUAAAGGACAUUUUUUUCUUGGCGUGAAUUUUUCUUUAUUCAUACAUUUAUGGAAAACAUUUAAUACAUGGUACAUCAACAGAAAUUAGACAUAAUACCGUUAUCUUAAAAUAUCUCAUCACACUGACCUGAUUUACAAUCACAACUUUGAGCCUAAAUGUUUGUGUGACCUGAGAUAUAUUCGUACAGUACACAAUGAUUUUUCUGCAGGAUAAUUUUAAAUUUUAACUAAAAAGUGUUGGAGAAAGAGGAACCUAGUGCUGUGCCUGACUUUAUGAGCCAUUUCUUUUCAAAGUAUUCAUCAAACUGAAUGAUGUCAUUCAUUCUGUUUUACACUGAGGAAGACAUCACCUCCCCAAAGGGAUUCUCAUUAUCCAUAUUUUCCUACAUACUUUUUCUUCAUUAAGAACUGAGUUUACAUGAGCGCCUGUGUAUAUUGUGUUCCAAUCUGCCUGUCCAUUUCAAAUGAAAAAAAAUUGUCAGUGAGACAAGAAUAAAGCCACAUUUCAGAG